UCUUCCGUUAGAGAAACGUUUGUGCUUUUGGAUGGGUAUGCCGUCAACCUAAAAGAGGUGGAACGCGCUUUGGAUAUAUGCAUGAACUGGCAAAAAGACAAUUAUGAGUUAUAUCGUCUGGUUUGUGUUACUUCCAUGGCGACAGUGGGUAAGGAGUACCAUUUUCCAGACUAUGACGUUAUACCAGAGACGGUGGACGGUCCGAGACAAUCGUUUACGGUUAAUCCGACUGAAUUGAUUAAAGACUCAGUGGAAGAAGUUGGGAAACAGAAUGCCGUAAAAGUUGAUACUUCAAGUAUAUCUGCAGAAAGUAUUGAUCUGGAUUCCAAGCAAGCCAUGAGGAGUGAGUCAAUUCAACAUGUAUUCUUGGACGCAACAGGAUUAUGA